AUGCACCCUCCGUCUCCCCAACUCCUCCGCGCCUUGCGCACCUCUAUCUCCCCCAACUGCGGCGCCAGCGCAAUCUGCACACAACUCGCAUCUCGCUCAAUCUCCCCUCUCGCUCGGAUUACCUCCUCCCCCCUCACUUUCCACCGCUACAACAGCAACGAUGCUCGUCCGACCCGGAUGAUCCCUCGCGCUCACAGCGCAAAGCCCUCCAGCCGAGACCGCGGCCCGCCGUCCAAGGAAGACACCCAGACGGACUUUGGUGCACUCAACGUGCUAGGCAAUAUCCCCGCCCCGACGACCGCUAUCGACGCUACUCUAGAUACGGGAUUUCAUCUGGACAAUGGCGUCAAGAUCACCGGUGGGAACGGAGUGUUCCUUGUUGGCGGAGAAGCCUUUGUCUGGCGGCCGUGGCAGGGUGCUGAAGCAGGGAAGAACAGUAUGGUCAAUCAGAAGGGCCAGUUUGAGGUCCCGGAGCAUGCGUGGGGAAUUUUGGAUCUCGUUUGGCCUCGUCCGGAUAUGUUGAUUAUUGGUAUGGGAGAGACUGUGUUCCCUCUGUCGCCGGAGACUAAGAGACAUAUCAAUUCUCUGGGAGUUCGGGUGGAAGUGUUGGACACGAGGAAUGCUGCUGCGCAGUUCAAUUUGCUGGCUACGGAGCGAGGUGUAUCGGAGAUUGCAGCUGCUAUGAUUCCGAUCGGUUGGAAGGGGAGGUAG